AUGGAGGCUCGCGAGCGCCGGGCGCGCCGCGGGCCCGCGCCCAUCGCCUCCUUCGACCACGACGCCUCUGAUGAAUCGAGUCCAGAAAAUAAACAAGCGAUCCGAUUGCCUGAAAUCCGUGAGGAUCCUGCAAGUUCAAGUUGCAACGUUGCAGAAUCCACCAGCACAGGGGACGGCCUAGCCCCCCCGGAGCAGCGCGCCCGCUCCCUGUCCUCACCGGCUGUUCACACGGUUACACCGGUCGCCUUACAAACACCCUCCGCUCCACGCAUCGACAUCUCUCGUGCUUCCAGUUCUAGUCACCACGACUCUCGGGACAGCUCUCCUGAGCUCGCGUUGUUUGCGGGAGGAGGUAGCAGCGAGGAAACGAGACAACGUUUGGAAUUGGGUUUUCGUGAAGACGGCGCCCUGGACUUGCGAUCGUCAACAGAAGAACUGGCAUUCCUAGAGGGUGCUCCGGAGGCUGCAGACGUGCGUCCACCAGCGGUAGCGCAACCCUCGCGCAGACACUCGCGUAAAGAUAGUCAAAGUUCUGAGGCCGCACUCCUCGCUGUGUCUGGUCGCACUAGUCGAUUGUCCAGCGUGGGUUCUCAAUGUUCCGCUCAUUCUGCAAUUUCCGCUUUUAGUCAAUUAAGUCGCGUGUCUCGACUUUCUGUUGUAUCAGGAACAUCUCGAUCACCUUCUCCACAUAAAAUGCUUCUGGAAACAUCAUUUUGUGGUCCCAAGCCUAUAGAAACGGAUCCCGAAAUAUGCGCUGCUGCAGUGGAGGAACGGCUAUUAGAAAUUGCUAAAUUAACAAAUGACACCGGAGCAGCCUCAUCCUCUGAACCGCAACCAUUGCCAGUACAAACUAUUCCUAUUGCGAUAGAUGCACGCGACCGAAGAGAAGUUCGUACGGAAGUUACAUUAGAAAACACUCGGCCAGCUAGUGCACCAAAACUUACUUCACCCAGUGCUCCGCCCACUACACCAGUACCAGAACUCGCCGUUUCAACUACUUCCUUAGAUGAUGACAAGCGUCUUAAAGAGACGAGGAAUCGAGCUAAAGUAGAAGAACACCGCGCUAGGUCAAGAGACAGACGUGAGACGAAGAAACCAGAAGUCUAUCGAGCGGGAAACAAAUCUAAGGAUAUCAUUAGAAUCAAACUUAAACCAGACAGUGAAUACGACGACGAUGAGGAGGGGGAAAGUGAAACGACUUUAGUCAGCAAUGAACCAGCUAAAAAACCAGUAACCCUGGAAUUGAGUGACCAGUGCUCUAAACCAACUAAACCUGUAAGCCCGUUAGUAACAGCUCGCCGUCAACGUGAUAGUAGAACGCCGUCUCCAAGUGGUGUUCCCGUUUCGAGAAAAUCGUCAUUUUGUUCGCUCUUUAAAUCGCGCGAGACAAUUGCUUCACCAGAUUCCCCUUCAGACGUAUUUCGUCGAAAAAAAAGUUUAAAUGAAGGUCGAUCAAGAAGUAAAAGCCGUGACCUUGUUCAACAGCAACGUCAAUUUCCCCAAACCCCUCAUGACAAACAACGUGGCGAAAAAUUGAAAUACUAUGAAGAUGCAAAGGAUGGCAUAAUUCAUAUUCCUCUUCGGACUCCCCCUGAUGAAUUUGAACCCAAAAAUGGUAAAGAAAGUAGUGAUGACAAAAUAACGGGAAAACCUCGCGAAGUGAUCCGCCCCGCCUCAGCGCCACAGCCACGAGCUCUGCCGGAGCGCUCAUUGGUCAUGUCACCCGCGCCUUCACCCAAACCCACCCAAAGGACGGUACUUCCAGAUGGAAGCAUUAUAAUUCCAUUACAUUCACCAACAGAUAAAACUGCUAAAGUUAUACCUCCGUUCGAAACACAACUUAAAUCCGAGUCUGAUAUCAAAUAUCCCAAACAAAUAGAUCUGAAUCAUAAAGAACUUAACUUAUAUAAUAAUAUAAAACAUAAAGAACCCGAUUAUGCAACCGAAAAAAUUGAAUCGAUUCCUACAGAGUCCGACGGUUCACAGUUUAUAUCUUCACCACCGCCAGAUAUAGUUCCCGAGACUUACAUCGGAGAGCGACCCAGACGUAAAGAACGAAUAGUGUUCACGACACACGUGGGCAGUAAAGAACACGUGUUUAGUACACAGUUUAGUAUAACAAAAACACCGAGCGUCACCAGCGAGAUAUCAGAAUCGAUACAGAGUGUUCCGGAAUUUGAAGAAGUGAAACCGAACGAACCUUCGCCUCAAGAAGCAGACUGGAAAAGUACUGACGUAAUAGAUAACGACCCACAGAUCCAUACACAACGAGAAACUUUUUGUGAAGCAGGAGAAGAGAACGUGACCCGAGAAUUGAGCAGAGAAGUGAGUAGAGAAGUGAGCCCCACCCCAGAAGCUGGGAGGGACUCCUCAGGGUCCGAAACCAGCUUAGAGAUAGCAGCUACACACGGGGGAAGCGACGCGGAGAGACGAGGACUCGUAGUACAGGAAUCAUUCGAAGAGUUACCGUACGUCCCGACCACUCUACCUCUGGAGAGGUCUCUGGCGCUCCCCAUGGUGCCGGUGAGGGAGCGAGGUGGUGUGCACGUGGCGGGGGUGCAGCGCCCGCGAGCCACCAGGAGCGCGUCCCGCCAGCCCGGCGCGCUGACCCCUCCUACGCCUGCCGCCCCCUCCCCCGCCACCGCGGACUCCCCCGCCGACCGUCUGUACAUCAAGCUGCCGCGCCGCGCCCGCACCGUGUCCACAGCCUCCGCGGCUCCUCCCCCGCCGCCUCGCAACCUGCGUACUCGCUCCAGAAGCGGCGGUGAUGCGGCCUCUAUGGAGACGCGCAGCAAGUCUGACUGGAUCGACUUCUCGGAGGUUCCCGAGCGCCGCAAGCAGCCCAAGCGCAUCCAGACGCUGCCGGCGAGUGCUCGGGACAGCGUGGUGUUCAGCUACGUGCCUCCGGAGCGGUGCCGCUGUGACUGUCACGCGCACGACCCCGCGGACGACGAGCAGCCUCUCCUGGACCAGCCCGCCCGCCGCGAGCCCUUCGUGGCCGACCUCGACGUGGACUCGGUACACUUAGUUUAUCAUCUCAGAAGGAGCUCACUCCUCGUAUCUCCCAGUAGUCACUAA